GACAGUGAACUGAGCACUUCUGAGCUUGAUGAUGAAUCUAUCUCCAUGGGUUAUAAACUACAGGAUUUGACAGAUGUCCAGAUCAUGGCAAGACUACAAGAAGAAAAAAAACUCAGACGCAGUAUGCCAAACCUGGCUCGUUCAUUCAGUGCUACCAGUUCACCAGAUUCUUUUAAGAAUAGCAGAAGUUUUGAUUCAAACCUACAGAAUGGAAUUUCACGACUCCAGUCACCGGCAUGUCCUUCUCUCAAUAAGCUACAACACCGAGUAAACAGUGUCAGCCAUUUUCCAUUGUCGGUCAGGCAGCCACCUAAGGCUACAGCUUAUGUGAGCCCAACUGUUAAUAAUACAAAUGGAAUCCAUACGUCUGUCAGUUUGCAUUCCAUUUCGAGUACUGGUAUCCCUUUACCAAAUAGGCCCAGUAACACGGGGAUACCAGGUCGGAGUGGCCUUCCCAGACCGACAUCUGCUAUUGGAGGUAGUGGAAUACCCAGAAGCAAAUUAGCACAACCUGUCCGAAGUUUUCUUCAGCCCCCAAAGCCCCUCACAGCACUCAGUUCUCUUAAAGAUGGAAGCUGGAGGGAUGGCUGUUACUAACAUUCACUGUCACAGAGACUGUUUAAACAGUGGAGCUCUUACACAAUGAUGCCCAGCUGGCUGGGUUUAGAUAUGUUACAAGUUGUUUGUAUCUACAGUUGGUUUCAGUGAAAAUUCUAAAGUCUAGGCACAUAGUUACACAAGUUUUGUUAAUAAGUAAUACUAAGCGAACUAACUGUUGUAAUGU